GACCACCUCCCUUCUGAGCACCUUCCAAACAAUCCCCCACCAAAAUGCCCGCCUCUUCCCACAUCGAGAACUACGACCAGUCCACCUACUGGAUCGCGCACGCCCACAACUUCCGUUCCUCAGCGCGCCUCCACCUCCAGCACUUCCUGUACCAAAACACCCUCGACUAUCUCCUGGAGCCAGAGAUCGCGAAAGCCGUGAUUGCCGCGCAGCAGCCGCUGAAGAUCGCCGAUCUUGCCUGUGGCAAUGGCGUCUGGCUCACCGAGCUUCACACCCAAUUGACCAAGGACUCCGAUCUCUCUGUUCAGCUUGAUGGCUUCGACAUCAACCCCGUCAACUUCCCCGCCGCGGCCUACCUACCCAGCGGCGUGUCGCUGCAGCAGCUCGACAUCCUUACCAAACCUCUUCCGGCCGCGCUGCUGGGUGCCUACGAUGUGGUACAUAUCCGCGCCUUCGCGAGUCUGAUCGGGCCGGACUCCGACCUCACCCCGAUCCUCACGGUGGCCUCUGCCCUGCUCAAGCCCGGCGGCUACCUCCAGUGGGAAGAGAACCGCGGGGAUCUGUUUCUGGUCGAGGCCCCCACCCCGGAAGUCUCCAAGGCCGCCUGCAGCCAAGCGUCGCAGGUGCUGCAGGGCGGGCUGCGCGCCAAGGGCAUCAGUAACGCCUGGGUGAAUACACUUGACACCCAGCUCACGCAGUUCGGCUUCCAGGAGGCCCGUCUGCUGGCCCACAACAAGCGGCCCCAGGACUACAAGGGCUGGACGGAGAAUUAUCUGAUUGUGUGGGAGGAACUCGCUGCGUUGUUCCCCCCAAAGGCCGAGGCGCCGAAUGCUCCCCUCUCCCGCGAGGCCUGGGUCGCCCUGUUCACCGCGGCCGUCAAGGAGACGGAGCAGGGCGUCGUCGUGCAUCAGGGUCGCGUUGUCACGGCGGUCGGACGGAAGCCGCUGGCUUGA